AGCUCACUCCCUCAAUAAUCAAGAAUGUCAAGGACGUUGAAUCAGCUGUUUGCGGCUAGGAACGUUGAAAAUGAUCGUCGGUCGAAUGUUAGACAAGAAAACGUUUUAAUUUUAGGACUUUAUGCUUGAAAUUCUCGGAAUAAAAAAGGAUUAUGUCAUAGUCUAUGCAGAGAAUACCACUCAAAAUGACCCAAGCAAAAUUCUUCGAUUUUGAUGAAAAAGAGGACUACUAUGAAGAAGAAGAGAUUAAAACCCCUCGAAAGCCUGGGGAGGCCCCGGACGGAGGAUGGGGUUGGAUGGUCGUUGUCGGGGCGAUCAUCUGUAGCUUGUUUGUGGUGGGGGUACAAUCCAGUUUUGGGGUUCUGGAGCCCCGGGUAGCGGAAUAUUAUGAUGUGCCAUCAUCAUCCAGCAGUCUUUCAAAUAUACAGGUUCUAAUGGAGGCCUUCUCAUUAAUCGCAGGUCCCCUUGCAAGUGUGCUUGUGCGCCGUUUCGACUGUCAAAAGGUGACGAUAACCGGGAGUGUGAUUACAUUUAUAGCUCUCCUAGUCAGUACUCAGAUGCCUGAGGUGGGCAUACUCCCUCUCACUUAUGGCGUUCUUGCAGGUAUCGGCCUUGGCCUUGUGAACCUUCCUGCCGUUAUCCACGUUGCGGUCUGGUUUGAGCACAAGCGGGCAUUUGCCACUGGACUGGCGUUAAUGGGAGCGGGUGUUGGAUAUUUUGUGUUCCAAUCUAUGGUCGGGCAUUUGUUGGCUGAAUAUGACUGGCGGAAUGCUCUCGUAAUAGUUUCCGCAAUCAGCCUCCACUGUUGUGUGGGUGGGGCUUUAUUCCGCAACCUUACACACGCGAAAAAGAAAGGAAUGAAAAGGGGGGUUAUCCAACGGGGUGCAAUAAUGAAGGCCCUUAUCGCUGAGAAGGAACGCCAGCGAACGAUCUCAAAUGGGUCUUUGGACAACUGUAUAAUCACUAGAGAUAAUAGGUUAAUUAAGAUUGAUAAAAUAGACCUUAGGAAUAAAAGUAAUUCGUAUAUCAACAGAUUGAAAGAGACCUUCGGAUUUAGCUCUAGGAGUUUAAAUAGAUCGAAAAAUUCUUUAGUCGUACCGAAAGUGGUGGUGACGGAUCCGAUUUAUCGGCAACGAUCGUCCCCAAGGACUUCCACUAAAUCAAUAGCACCAAAACUCCCUUCCACCCCUCCAACCCCCAAAAGAGAUAGUGGAUGUGGAAGCCUUGAAAAUUCACCAAAAUUAUUAAACAAUAAUCUUCAACAAAACUUUGAAGUUGUGCCGUCUGACGAUCCAAAUGAUCCGUGGGAUAAAAAUGCUCCAUUAAUUGUGAAACUACCGCCGCCAGAGGAAAAUAGUGCUGCCAAUACUAACAGUCCGCUACACACGUUGGAUACUCCAGGAACUUCAGCCUCAAGGAAACCUAGUGUAGAGAGUGUGCCUUUAAGUAACACAGCCUCCCCCAUGGGCAGCGUGCGAAAUCUCAUGUAUAAUAACAGGCGUGUCAGGACUGUGUCAAACUCAUCUGGUAAGAACAGUAUCUACAUCCCAAUGCAAGGUGGGAGUGUAAUGACGAUUCCGCAGACAAGUGUUCACUCAUUGGAAAUGAGUACAAUUUACGAGGAAGAAGUUACAAACUGCAAGCUCUUACGCUGUUUGUGCAAGCACCUGGAUCUGCAGCUUUUAAGGUCUCACUCGUUUUGGCUUCUUCUGCUGUCCAGCUUUCUAACAAUGUUUGGUUAUAUCAUUCCCCUCUACCACCUGCCAGAGCGCGGACAGGAACUAAACAUGACGCCGGAGAAAUCCAAAUUCCUGAUCUCAAUAUUGUGGGUUGCCAGUAUGAUCAGUCGACCAAUUCUUGGCUGGCUGGCAGACCGGCCAGUCAUCAACAGCGUUCAUAUGAACAAUGUGAUGGUCACAUGCGCAGGCAUCCUGUCCCUUUUCACGCCCUACUUCCACAACGACAGCUGGUUAGGAUUCUAUGCUGGAUUUUUCGGCAUCUUUACAGCUGGGUUUUUCACAUUGAGGUCGGUAAUCGCAGUUGAACUGUACGGCAAGCAACAACUGGCAUCGGCAUUUGGUCUUCUUCUGUUCUUCCAAGGCUUUGCAGUGUUGGCAGGACAUGGUCUAGCUGGUGUGCUGAACACUCAACAGGCAUUCAUGGUGGUGGGUGGAGUUAUGUUGUCCGCCGGGCUUCUGGGCUUCUUUAUCCCACGAGUCUGGAGGUGGGAACGACAACAUGAAGUCGAUAAGUUUGAAGUGAUCAACAUCGAAGAAGUUGACCACGAAGAUCAGUACACUGUCGAACAUUGCGAGAGUACGAUUUGAAAGGAAUCUACCAAAACUCCUCAUCAUAGUGGGGUGUAUGGUAAACUUUAUAACAAACUGUCGCAGAUCAGACCCAACUAUCAGGAUUCAGCUGGUUAGGACAUGUGCUGAGUUUGUGCACAAAAACUUGCAAAAGAACUUGUUGUUCACAGAGAUGUGAAGAGUUGUAAACUCAGAGUGAAAGAAUUGUUUGCAGAAGAAAUUUGCAAGUGGUAGAACUUACAGGGGAGCAAGGCGAGCUGAACAACUGUGUAUUUACAGAGAAACGAAUGACAGAUGACAUGUUCACUUUGUUUGUUAGUUCUAUUAAACGUACUUGUACAUUGUUGCAUUUUUGCAUAGUUAAUGUAAUAUACACUUAUUGAAAUUGAAGGUACCGAAACAGCUCUUAUCAUUUUAAAAAGAGCUGUACAUAAAUUAUUGUUGUUUUUAAUACUUGAAGCAAUUUAAAAGUGAGGUUUGUUUAAAAUAUGUUAUCAAGUGCUUUAGGAAAAUGGUAAGAGCUGUUUCCCUGUAUAUACAUGGAUCAUUUAUGAUUUGCAAGGUACUGUGAAAGUCAAUGACUAUGUCUUAGAAAGUCAAUGAUUGUAUUGGGAAACAGUUAAGGAUUUUCACUUUCACAGUCAAUGAUUGGAUUAAUUUAUGAAUUAGUUAAUGAUUUUCACAAUUAAUGAUUGGAUUAAUUUAUGAAUUAGUUAAUGAUUUUCACAGUCAAUGAUUGGAUUAAUUUAUGAAUUAGUUAAUGAUUUUCACAAUUAAUGAUUGGAUUAAUUUAUGAAUUAGUUAAUGAUUUUCACAGUCAAUGAGUGCAUUGAAUCAUCUGUUAUUUCAAACAUAUGUCUAUAACAUCAGUCAUAUGCGUGUGUCAAUGAUCUUGCGUUCUAUGCAUUUAAAUACAUGUAAAGAUACCUAGGCACAAGUGCUGUACAUUAUCUGUAAAUGAUGUGAGAGGUUUAAUAGAAAUUCAGUGAAAAAUUCCUGUAAUGCUGAUGACAAUGCAAAAUGUGAAAUCAUUUAUUUUAAGGAUUGUAAAUACAAAAUUAUGACUGAAAACACACUGCUGGCUUGUGGUGUUGGUUCAAAAUUAUUUAUGAAUUUUUUUGCCAGUUACGUUUAAUAAUGUUUCAUUUUAAAAAAUACAUAAUUUUAAAUGGAAAAAGUUGUGUGAAAGAAAUUGCUUGAAUUCAUAUGUGCAUAGUUAGUUUAGUACUGUAAUAUGGUGGUGUCUAAAGUGCUACAUUUCUAGAAUCUCAAGUAAUAGGGAGUUACCAAGAUUUUGCAAAAUUCAUGCAAUUUCUUUCAAGAAGUAAAUAGGCACAUUUUAUGUCUAUUGAUCAAUAUUAAAUUUAUUUUUUGAAAAUAUGAUGAUUAUUGUAUCUUUAAGGAUUUUUUUUGCUUGAAUUGUUGAACAUAUAAACACACAAGUGAAGUUCUGGGUAUUACAUUGAUCUCCAAAUAACUGUACAUAUAUUUCAUGAUAUUAACUCUUCUGAUGUUUUAAUUAGAAGUCAAGUUAUGAAUUUGAAAAACGAAGUAUGAUAGUGUUUUAUGGAGAGAACGUUUGUUAAUGGUUGUUUCGGGGGCCUAAGUGGGAAGAAACAUAUAGGGCAACAUGUAUAUAAUCAAAUAUCCAUAGUAUUGAGGAUUUGUGCGAUACAAUAUACUGAAACAUUUUACUGUAAAUAAAUUUCUGACUGCGCACUAUAUUGAAUUUUGUAUCAUGUUUGGAACAAAGUAUGAUUAAACAAUCAUUCAGCAAUAUUUUCUAUAAAAGAUACGUUGUAUAUUGUCUUUUUUGUUUUUGUGGUCUAAGCAGGGACUUAUAUAUGUUGAAAUGUCCUAGCUUUAAAACUUCAUGUAGAUUGUUAGUUAAUUCUAUGUAUGCCUAUUCUGUUGUGGUUUUAUAUUUCGCUACGAUGAAUGUAAGGUUAAACGCCAGUUUCGAAAGAUUAGGUCAUGAAGUAUUGCCAGUCUAACUGAACUGUUGUUUGAUAUAUUCUUAGAUAUAAAUACUAACAAUGCUGUAUAAUUAUGCUUACAUUUUAUCAUGUUUUAUUGUUGGUCAUUUCAGCAUUUUGUCAUCACAUGUGUAUAACUGUUCAGGCAGUUACUCAUUUUUUGUUUUGUUUUUUGUCCAUUUUUAUCUAGCUUUUACAUUCUUCAUAAUUUUUAUAUUUGUCAUGUAUUUUUCUAUUGUGAUCAUCCGUGUGCUAGUUGAGAAAAAGUUGAAUGCGACAGCUUCUGUACAAUACAGUUUGUGUAUUUGAUUUUACUUGCCAAUUAAUUGUUGAGUUUCGUUUAUUUUAAAAUUUAGUUGAGAAUUGUUUUAAGAACUUUUCUCAAAGUUUAUUCCAUUAUUGUGCUAAUUUGUUGUGCUUGUAUAGUUUUGGUAUUAUUUCUUGCUUUAGAUUUCAACUGUCACAUUCUUAUAUCAUUUUCUGUUGUUUGUUUUGUAUUAUUUUUAGAGUGUUUCUCGUUUUAAAGAUUAGUUUUAUCUUAACUUUUCUGUUACAGAUAACUUGAUAUCUGGUUUAAAAAAAAUACAAUUCAGAUCCUGUGUCUUGUAUAUUGUUAGUGAUAUUAUUGUUGAACUCAUUUGAACACCCUAUAAUUGUAUACUAGUUGGACAGAAGUUAACUCCUUGUAUGAAAGUUUAUGAGCCAUUUUGACACUUUUGUCAAAGGGCAUUGUCAGUGGUUUUUUGGUACGUCUUCAACUCUUAAUCAUGCAUAGUUAUCUUUCUAAUGCAAUUUAUGGAAGAUGGAUGGAUUAUCUGUCAAAAGAAAAUGUUUGUGCAAUCCUGAAAUAUUCUAUAAUGCAGGCGUUUCAUUAAAAAUAGUAAUGAAUGAUUUCCAAUGAAAAUGAUGUAUAGGAUUAUAAAAAGUAAGAUAUACUUUAAGUAAGUAAAAAUGUUUUUACUUUUUUUAUUGCAAAAAUGGAUAAAUCUGGAUUGAGAUACUUUGUGGUUACAUCUUGUUUUGCAAAGUUGUAGAAUUGCUUGGAAUAAAAAAUAAACUUAAAGAAAAAUA